CGGUGCCGGCCAACGCCGCCUCUAGGAAGGAAUCUGGAGUAUCAGCCCCCCGCGGGUCACAGUCGCAGCCUGGGACUGCCAGCCUUGCGCCCGAGCCUCGGACUCCCCGGGGCGCCGCUGGGCCCGGGCGGGGCGCAGUGUGCAGCGGCGCACUGGGAGUGAAAAGCGUGUGCAGGGCGGCCCGAACCCGGGCGUCUGUGCCUGCGUGGGUGAGUGCGUCUGUUUGCGUGUGUUUUCCCUUCUUUGCUGGAAGAUGUGAAUGUUGGCCUGGCUGCUGCCUGCUGCUCCGCUAGGAUUCUGGAUUCGGUGGAGCUCUGCGGUGAGAGCACGACCCACACAUAUUAUCCCUUUCUGCACUGCCGGCUGAUACCGAGAGAAAAGCUCCACUGGACGGGGGUGGGGCAGACCCACAAAACCUUUCUGGAAACACACUCACAUAUGCACACACAGAACACACACACACACACACACACACACACACACACACACACACACGGCAGAAAGACUGAAAGAUCUGAGAUGAUUUUCCUAACAUUCCUUUUGACUCUUCCGUUGUGCUCAAAGAUUCUGGAUCUUUCCUACCUUUUCUAGUCUCUUGGCAUCUCUGUUUGCUAAGGUGCUCCAACAACCCGUGUGUGUGUGUGUGUGAUUGUGUGUGUGAUUGUGUGUGUCAGUGUGCGUGUGUGUGUCUCUGUGUGUGCGUGUGCGCGCGUGCGCCUGUCUGAUGCAUUUGGCUGUCUUUUAUCCAACUGCCCAGAAGCAAAUGGGUAAACUCGCCAGUGCCCCUGGAUGCUUAGGUUGUUACAGAGCUCAGAGGACGCCCAGGCCCAUUUUCCCGGCUGGAAUCGAAGCAUCUGCCUGACUGGAUCCAUGUGUCGGAUUCACUUUACCCACAGGUCUGGAAAGCGCCGGUCUUAACCUGCUUCCAGGUACACCACAAGGUCAAGAGAGUGUCUGGGAGCUGUCCUGUUUCUGUGCAUCUCGAUAUUCCUAUUUUGGCCAGAAGGAUAUUUCCAUUUCUGUCCACAUCAAUUGGAAGCCAAAAGUUCAGCCCUUGGAGCUGGUUUGCUAUGCAAACAAGGUAACCAGGAUUGCUUUUGAGACUGCUUCGCGAAAUCCCAGAGUCUUUCUCAGUCCCUCUCCGUUUUCUCCCCCCCACCCCCCACCAACAUGUCACCAGCUCCUGAAUUCCAUGGAUCUGAACUGGGGUUGGAGGACAACUUGAAGGAAACGUGAUCCAGCAACUGUGCCAGACCUUUCGUUCUUUUGGCUCUCUGUGGUCCGGUGUCCAUCGAAGCUGAUCGUGAGAAGUCCCCUCCUUUGCCGGUCCCUCCCUCCCCGCGCUGUGCAAGGUGUGCGUGUGCAAGUGUGAAUGCAAGCGCGCGCGCGCCUCGGUGCAAAUGUGUGAGUGUGUUUGAGUGUGUGUUUUUUUCGUGUGUGUGUGUGUGUGUGUGUGUGUGUGUGUGUGUGUGUGUGUGUGUGUGUGUGGCCGCCCUGCCUCUGCCCGCUCCCCGGGCUCAGCAACGCGGGUUUCAUGGGGCGAUCGCCGCCGAUCCCCCACCCAGUGCGACCUGCGGGCAGCGGCAGCCGUGGCAGGAGCCGCCUUUCGGACUCCCUAGGAUGCGGGUGUUGAGCUAUGGCAAAGGGCAGCGAAGUGACAAGCAAGACCCGCAGACGACUGUGAAAGCCACCUGGAGCCACCUUGCCGGGAUUGUACCUGCGGGCAGAAAGUCCUCCUACGACCGUCUUUUCCUCUAGAGGCACCAGAGCCCCUGUAGACUUUCAGCCAGGUGUCUGGAAGAUAUGUAGUAGCUGAGUUCCUUACUUCUGACACCAUCCUCAUAAUCAGCUUUGGAGAUGCUUUCACCCUGUCUGACUUCUAUAGCAGCAAGGCAGAGUGCUGACUCCUUCAAGGCAGUGAGGAACUCUUCAGGCUCCAGAAGGUCUUACAUCUGAUCUACAAUGGAAAAAUUUCUUUUAUAUCUGUUUUUCAUUGGGAUAGCAGUGAAAGCUCAGAUCUGUCCGAAGCGUUGUGUCUGUCAGAUUUUGUCUCCUAAUCUUGCAACCCUGUGUGCCAAGAAAGGGCUUUUAUUUGUUCCACCAAACAUUGACAGAAGAACUGUAGAACUGCGGUUGGCAGAUAAUUUUGUUACAAACAUUAAAAGGAAAGAUUUUGCCAAUAUGACUAGCUUGGUGGAUCUGACUCUGUCUCGGAAUACAAUAAGUUUUAUUACACCUCAUGCAUUUGCUGACUUACGGAAUUUGAGGGCAUUGCAUUUGAAUAGCAACAGAUUGACUAAAAUCACAAAUGAUAUGUUCAGUGGACUUUCCAAUCUACAUCAUUUGAUAUUGAAUAACAAUCAACUAACUUUGAUUUCUUCUACUGCAUUUGAUGACGUAUUUGCCCUUGAAGAGCUGGAUUUGUCCUAUAACAAUUUAGAAACAAUACCUUGGGAUGCUGUUGAGAAGAUGGUUAGCUUGCACACCCUCAGUUUGGAUCACAACAUGAUUGAUAAUAUCCCUAAAGGAACCUUCUCUCACUUGCACAAGAUGACUCGGCUAGAUGUAACAUCAAAUAAAUUGCAGAAGCUACCGCCUGAUCCUCUCUUUCAGCGAGCUCAGGUUCUAGCAACCUCAGGAAUCAUAAGUCCAUCGACUUUUGCAUUAAGUUUUGGUGGAAAUCCUUUGCAUUGUAAUUGUGAAUUAUUGUGGUUGAGGCGUCUAUCCAGAGAAGAUGACUUAGAGACCUGUGCUUCACCUCCACUUUUAACUGGCCGCUAUUUUUGGUCGAUUCCUGAGGAAGAAUUUUUGUGUGAACCUCCUCUCAUUACUCGACACACACAUGAGAUGAGAGUUCUGGAAGGUCAAAGGGCAACACUGAGGUGCAAAGCUAGAGGAGACCCCGAACCAGCAAUUCACUGGAUUUCUCCUGAAGGAAAGCUUAUUUCAAAUGCAACCAGAUCUCUGGUGUAUGACAAUGGAACACUCGACAUCAUGAUAACAACUGUAAAGGAUACAGGUGCCUUUACCUGCAUUGCUUCCAAUCCUGCUGGGGAAGCCACACAAACAGUGGAUCUUCAUAUAAUUAAGCUCCCCCAUAUACUAAACAGUACAAACCAUAUCCAUGAACCUGAUCCUGGUUCUUCAGAUAUCUCAACUUCUACAAAAUCAGGUUCUAAUGCAAGCAGUAGUAAUGGUGAUACUAAACUCAGUCAAGACAAAAUUGUGGUGGCAGAAGCAACGUCAUCUACUGCACUUCUUAAAUUUAAUUUUCAAAGAAAUAUCCCUGGAAUACGUAUGUUUCAGAUUCAGUACAAUGGUACUUAUGAUGACACCCUUGUUUACAGAAUGAUACCUCCUACGAGCAAAACUUUUCUUGUCAAUAACCUGGCUGCCGGAACUAUGUAUGACUUGUGUGUCUUGGCAAUAUAUGAUGAUGGCAUCACUUCCCUCACUGCCACAAGAGUUGUGGGUUGCAUCCAGUUUACUACGGAACAGGAUUACGUGCGAUGCCAUUUCAUGCAGUCCCAGUUUUUGGGAGGCACCAUGAUUAUAAUUAUUGGUGGAAUUAUUGUAGCAUCCGUGCUAGUUUUCAUCAUUAUUCUAAUGAUCCGCUAUAAGGUUUGUAAUAAUAAUGGGCAUCACAAAGUCACCAAGGUCAGCAAUGUCUACUCUCAAACUAAUGGGGCACAGAUCCAAGGCCACAGUGUGACACUGCCCCAGUCCAUGUCCAAGCAAGCAGUGGGACAUGAAGACAAUGCCCAGUGUUGUAAAGUUGCCAAUGACAAUAUGAUACAAUCUUCAGAAACUUGUUCAAGCCAGGACUCCUCUACCACUACCUCUGCUUUGCCUCCUACCUGGACUUCAAGCACUUCUGUGUCCCAAAAGCAGAAAAGAAAGACUGGCGUAAAGCCAAGUACCGAACCACAGAAUGAAGCCGUCACAAAUGUUGAGUCCCAAAACACUAACAGGAACAAUUCAACUGCAUUGCAGUUAGCUAGUCGACUUCCUGAUUCUGUCACAGAGGGGUCCACAUCUAAAAGAGCACAUUCAAAGCCAAAUGCUUUGCUGACUAAUGUUGACCAGAUUGUCCAGGACACACAGAGGCUGGAAUUAAUAUGAAGAGCACUACUCCUUUCUCCUGAAUAAAAAGUUGCCACUGAUAUUUUUACUGGAUAAAAUUUAAAAAUGUUUUAAUUCACAAAGGAUAAUUGUUGAGUGGUGUUCUGGAAGAAACUCACUGAGCUGAAGCAGAAGUUUCUGAUGAUGGCGGAACUGGCUCCAUCAUAUCAUGGUUCAUUCCCUUUUAAAACUUUUUUUUUUCUUCUGGCUUACUAGAUUUUUUUUUUAAAGAAGGAAAGGAAAAAAAAACUAAAAACCCUACAUUGGCUUCGAGUUCUGUAUCAAUCCAUGUUACAUUGCCAUCCAUGAUUUAAGACUGUAGAAUCUUGAAUAAUCUAUAUCACUUUAACAAAUAAAUGUUUUAUUAUGACAGAA